UUAUAAAACUGAACUCAAUCAUUCAUCCCAAUUAGCUGUUACCUGUAAACUACAAACUCUCAAGGAUUUAAGAGGAAUAAAUAACAGACUAUGUCUAAAUCUGUUAAUCACCUUCUUCAUUCCCCACUCCUGUAUUAUCUUCUUCUUCUACUCCUACCAGUAUUAUCCACUGCUCAAAAUUACAAAAACAUCACUCUGGGUUCAUCUAUAACAUCUGGUUCUGCCGAUCCUUCAUGGUCAUCACCAUCGGGCGACUUUGCUUUUGGUUUCCGUCCUAUUGAAGACCAUCGAUUCCUACUUGCAAUCUGGUUUGACAAAGUAGAUGAAAAAACCGUUGUUUGGUUUCCAAAUGGAGAUAUACAAAUCCCAAAAGGAUCAAAAGUUGAGCUAACUACUGAUGGUCAGCUCAUUCUUAAUGAUCCUCAAGGCAAGAUGUUAUGGUCAGCUGGGCAACAAGUAAGCGGUGCUACUUAUGCAGCCAUGCUUGAUAGCGGGAAUUUUAUUCUUGCAAGUAGGAGUUCUGCGGAUAAUUUGUGGGAGAGCUUUAAGAAUCCUACCGAUACAAUCUUACCAACACAAAAAUUGGAAGUGAACAGCAUAGUGUCUUCACGUCUGACUAAAACCAGUUACUUAAAGGGAAGGUUCAGACUUCGCUUGCUUGAAGAUGGAAAUCUUGUACUCAACAUUGCUGCCUCUCCAAGUUUGACUGAAGUUCAAUAUGAUGCUUAUUAUUGGACUAACACUGCUAAUAACAAUCGAAUGAACGCUGGUUACGAGGUAGUCUUCAACCAAUCAGGUUAUCUUUAUGUGAAGGUAAGGAAUGGAACCGAGGUGUUUCUCACAUCUCAGAACACCCCCCCGGCAAGUGAUGUCUAUUACAGGGCGACACUCGAUUUCGAUGGAGUUUUCACUCAAUAUUCUCAUCCAAGGAGAAAAAACGUAGAGCAGCGUUGGUCCACUGUGUGGUCGGCUCCUGAUGACAUCUGCAAAAUUGGUGGUGUACUGGGGAGUGGUGCUUGCGGGUAUAACAGCUAUUGUUUACUAACAUCUGAUCUGAGACCUCAAUGUGAAUGCCCGCCUAAAUUUGUAUUUACAGAUCCGAAUAACAGAUAUGGAGGUUGUAGACCAGAUUUCGUACAGGGAUGUCAGUUAGAUGAAUGGAAAACAAAAACCGAUUCCUUCGAGCUGGAAACCUUGGAAGACAUAGAUUGGCCUACUUCCGACUACGAAAUGUUGGAAUCUUAUAGUGAAGAACAAUGCAGAACUUCAUGCUUGAAUGAUUGUCUCUGUGAUGUAGCCAUUGUCAGAGUAGGAAACUGUUGGAAGAAGAAGUUGCCACUCUCAAAUGGGAGAUUUAGCAAUAGCAUGAACGGAAAGGCUCUCAUCAAAGUACGGAGAGACAACUCAUCAGGACUAGGUCCCUACUCUCCUAGUUCUGCAGGCGAGAAAAAAGAUCGAUCUACGUUCAUCCUUGUUGGAUCAUUACUCCUAGGCAGCUCUGUGUUCUUCAAUUUCAUGUUGUUAGCUGUAAUUAUUAUGGUAGUUUUCUUUUUCAAGGACCGAAAGAAUAUGAGAAAAAAUAACCAAGAUCCAAGUGUCUUGAGAUCAAAUCUUCGUUCUUUUACCUACCAAGAGCUCAAGGAAGCCACGGAUGGGUUUAAGGAAGUGUUGGGAAGGGGUGCUUUUGGAAUAGUUUAUAAAGGAGUGGUGGAAGAAAUGGGUUCAAGAAACUACGUUGCUGUGAAGAAAUUAGACAAGCUGGUUGAAGAUGGGGAGAAGGAAUUCAAAACUGAAGUGAGUGUGAUAGGCCAAACCCACCACAAGAAUCUUGUACGGCUUCUCGGGUAUUGCGAGGAAGGACAAAACCGGCUUUUAGUAUAUGAGUUCAUGAAUAACAGCAAUUUAGGAGAGCAGCUCUUUGGAAUUUCAAAGCCUAACUGGAACCAACGAGUCCAGAUUGCUUUCGGCAUCGCAAGAGGACUAAUGUACUUGCACGAAGAGUGCAGCAGCCAGAUCAUCCAUUGUGAUGUAAAGCCUCAAAACAUACUUCUAGAUGAUAGUUUUACAGCAAAAAUUUCAGACUUCGGAUUGGCAAAGCUUCUGAUGCAUGACCAAACCCGAACUCGGACAGGGGUAAGAGGAACUAGAGGUUAUGUUGCACCAGACUGGUUCAGGAACACACCAAUAACAGUGAAGGUGGAUGUUUACAGUUUUGGUGUAGUGUUGCUGGAGCUCAUUUCUUGCAGGAAGGGAAUCGAACUGGAGCAGGGAGGGGAGGAGAAAGCUCUUCUAACAGAUUGGGCUUAUGGCUGCUAUACAUCAGGUAAAUUGAAAGAUCUAGUGGAGGAAGAUGAGGAGGCAAUGAACGAUAUGAGAAGGCUCGAGAGGAUGGUGAUGAUAGCAAUCUGGUGUAUUCAAGAUGAACCAACAUUCAGGCCAUCUAUGAAGAAGGUCACACAGAUGCUAGAAGGGGUGAUUGAAGUUUCAGUGCCUCCAUCCCCUUAUCCGUUUAGCACAUCUUCAGGAAAUUAUACCCAGCUCUAAAGAUGCUUGUUCAGGAAUUGCUAGUUUUAUUUCAGCAAGUAUAUACAAAAGUUCUAAUCCCAUCCCGAGUUAGUAUUUGAAUCAGAAUAUGAAUCACUCUUAGAUCUACAAAGGUGCAACCGAGGCCUUCGUCCAUGGCUCAGCUUAUUGGAACAAAAAUUUUAACAUCAUGUACAUGAGUUACAGGUUGUUAGGAUGAUAUGCAAUAAUUAUAAGAUAAUAUGAAGAUAUGAAAUAAUACUAGCUUAUAAACCUAAGAUAUGUAUGUCAGACUGAUAUUCAUCUAUCUAUUUUUCCAACAAUUAUAUU